AUGUCAAGUAACGCUACUCCGAAGAAACCCGUAGAUGAUACGGACCCUAUCCUAUCGCUUCAAAAUGAAAACUGUCACUUGCAGCUUAUGUUGUCCGAAAAAGGCAGCGAGGUUGAGUUGCUUAAAAACAAAGUGAAUCAGUUGCAGAAUCGAUUGGAUCAGAUAUUGGUGCAUCCAAACGUUCCGUCAAUUCCUGUAGGGGCUAAUUAUACAGAGCUGUUACAAAAACUAGAGGAUGAAGAGGUUGUUACCCAUUUUUCGGGAUCGCCUUAUCGAGGUAGUAGGCCGUUGAGCCACUCUACAAAGCUGUCGUCCACAGAGAGUUUUACAACCAAUUCGAAACAAUUGGGUUAUCUCUUUUGUAGGCAGAUAUUGCCAUUUUUGAGAGAAUCAAUAAGCAUCUUUGAGCACAGUGAUUUAUUUAGUGGAGAGGCAGGAAAGUUGAAGAAAGCAUUUGCUCGAGUUACCGAUGGUGGUUUAGCUACUCAGAAUUUUGGGGAAUUGUCUAAUAUUUUUGAUGACUUGACUAUUUUGCAGAGAAAUGCUGUGGUGUGUUUGAAUAGAGAGCUCGAGUACAAGAAGGUCAGUCAGCAAUUGGAGUAUUUAGCUACUAUAUUUUUGGAUCCGGAGGCACACGGAUAUAAGCCAAAAGAAUAUUUGAAUCGCUUAAGAAAGCAGCUUAUGGAUAUUAUUACCUGCCAUUACAGUAACGUAUCCCCUCCGAAGAGCUCGUGCAAAGAUUCCAAUGGCAGCGACAGUAAUCGGGAUCUCGAACUUUCGGGUUGUAGACCAGACUCCGAUUCGAGACCUGGCCCAGGAAGCUUCCAGGGUCCAGGGUCACUUUCAGCAAAAGGGCAUGGCAGUCCAGGACAUAGCACUCCGGGAACUGGCCUUCCAGGAAAGAGUACUGGACCAACUUCAGGAAAGAGCCACGAUACGGGGACUAAAUCAGUGCUUACACGGGCGGCGACUUACAGUUCAGCUCAAGAUCCCACCUUCGGCCGGAACGCUGCCAGUGAAUUUCGCAAGCCCCCCCAGUACGUGGCACCGCCUAUAUUUACUGCGACCAGGCCUGAAAGCAACCUCUACUCGGAGCAGAGCAAGUGGAGCAUGCGCAAGCAGUUUAAUCCAAACGCCCAUUAUUCGAGACCAUCGAUCGACAGCAAAACCGUCGAUAAAUGUUCCGAAACAUUCCAAGAACUCAAAGUAGCUGAGUCUGCAAAAGCGCCUAAAGAACAGCUCGAAUUCAUACCCAUUGGUUUUGAAGAUCACCAUGCUCCAAGCAGCACUCCCAUACGUCAAAGCCCUAGCUACGAAGCGGUUAAGGUCACACUAACUCCGCUUAAUUGCUGGGGAGGAGACGAAGAUGAUGAGUUCCAUGAUGAUGAGGAAAACAAAGACCCAUUGCAACAAUUUUACAUAGAAAAGUUGACUGGAAACGACUUAGAUGAUAUUAGGACCAAUCUAAGUGGGUUUAAUAGCUUUGAAUAA